CAUUUCCAUAUACGUAUGCAUAUAUUUGGGAUUGAUGCUUUCAAUGCAUCAGCCAAACUAGAAAAGAACAAGUUAGGGUUGAUUUUUGUUUUGAUAUCUCUUUCUUUCUUUCUUUCUUUCUUUCUGAGCGGCCGAGACCCGCAGACGCCGUCCCGGUGCAGCAGGACGGUGGCGAAGCAGCGGAUCCAGAUGGCGAACGAGAAGCGCAGCAAGAACAUCACGCAACGUGGAAACAUCGCCAAGACCUCGCGCAACGCGCCGGAGGAGAAGGCGUCGGUGGGGCCCUGGCUGCUGGCGCUCUUCAUCUUCGUGGUGUGCGUCUCCGCCAUCUUCCAGAUCAUCCAGAGCAUCCGGAUGGGCAUGUGAGCUUGCUCCCAAACCAUGUUUUUGCUCUCCUGUGAAUUACAAUGAACUGUCGUUUCCUGCGUUUGAGACCCUGGUGCGGAAGCGUAACUGCGUUCUCAGCCUGCUCCAGAAUGACAAUAAAAUUCUAUUAUUGAUCUACAAUCGUGGACCUAGUUAUUCAGUGAAGUACAUCUGUGUUCAAUGUAGAUAUGUUAAGCUCUAUGCUGUGUAGAUACGUAGGAGCUGAUUACAUCUGUUGUGUAAACACCAGUCUUAUGAUCUGUUAAGCUUCUGUAUAAGUGGAAGUGGUUUUAUUUAAAAGAAUCUUAGCAUCUCUGUUUUAUAGUGGCUGUAUUGCGAAUGUAAAGCACCCUUAUAAUUAAGCCAGCUGGGCCAUACACAGCAUUAUUUUUAUUUUGCUUAUCUAAGUGGAUCAUCAUUGUGUCUGUGUAGCCUCUCUCUACUACUGCGUGUGACAAUGCAUUAGUGCUCAAAAUGCUUAUUAAUGAUGAAAACCUUAUCCCGUGCCCCUUGCAAAACUGUUCUAAUAAAAAUACAAGUGCUUGUUAGUGUAAAAUCUUUCUUUUUUUCUUUC